CGUCACAAACAGUGUGUGUGCAAAGAAGAAGACAGGCACGCACGGACCGUGAUAGCGGAGUUUUUGUUUUUGCAUUCUUACCAUAAAAAAAUUGUCGAUUUUAACUUAUUUAAUUAGCAAUUUAACCAAUUGCUAUAAACAAAUUCCGUCUAAAGUGCAACGAAAAUACGUAGUAAAUAUUCAAAAAAAAAAGGUUGGCUGCUACGGCUGUCUGGGCUGCGCAACUGGACAGCAACAAUUAAUGAAAUGAAAGUGGAAAUCGUGUGAUGUCAUGUCGACGACGACGGCAGCGACGUCGACCGUUCUGUGAAUUGAAACUUCCUGUUCUCGCUCUCUCCCUCUCCCUCUGUCUUGUGCCGCCGUAUGAGAGAUCCUUUUGAAGGCAGCCAAAAGUGCGACAAGUGACGGUGAAUUAAAUUUGGCAAUAAAAAAAUAUACGAAAAAAUUCCAAUUUUCAUUCCACCGCUCAGCUGCAAAUGUGCCAGUGAAUAGCAGCACAAAAGAGAAAAGGUGAAACGAACCAAACACACACGCACGCACACACACACACACACAACCGAUUGCGUGUAGGUGUGAGUUGGUUUUCUGGAGCGGGCAACGGGCAGCCACAACGGACAAAGCACUCAAAAACAACAACAAAACUCGCUAAGAAAAAAAGAAAAUAAAACAAGUUUUUUAUUGAUUUCCCUCCAAAAAAAAAAAUAAGUAAAAACAAAAAUAAUUGACGACAAUUCCGCCCAAGCAACAGGAGCAGCUGCAUUUGCCACGCCUACACACAGACUGUGGUACCGUCCUAAAGCUACACACGCACACACACACACACAUUCCCUCCCUUUCCCCCAUUCCUCCUGCAACACCCAAACACCAUGUCCAGCCCCAGCGCCAGCGAUGGCGCUCAAACAGUUCUGGAUCUGCGCAUGGAAGUGGAGCGUCUGACACGCGAACUCGAUCAGGUGUCCAGCGCCAGCGCCCAAUCCGCUCAAUAUGGCCUCUCGCUGCUGGAGGAGAAGUCAGCGCUGGAGCAGAAGUGCGAGGAGCUGGAAACCCUCUACGACAACACACGGCACGAGCUGGACAUUACGCAGGAGGCGCUGACCAAAUUCCAAACCUCACAGAAGGUCACCAACAAGACCGGCAUCGAGCAGGAGGAGACGCUGCUGAAUGAGUCGGCCGCUCGCGAAACAUCGCUCAAUUUGCAAAUACUUGAUCUGGAGAAUGAGAUCAAGCAGCUUCGUCAUGAGCUGGAACGUGUGCGCAACGAACGGGAUCGAAUGCUGCAGGAGAACUCGGAUAUUGGACGCGAUAAGAGCGACAAUGAGGCGGAACGGUUGCGUCUCAAAUCCGAGCUAAAGGAUUUGAAAUUUCGCGAGACGCGCAUGCUCAGCGAGUACUCUGAGCUGGAGGAGGAGAACAUAUCGUUGCAGAAGCAGGUCUCCAGCCUGAGAAGUUCGCAGGUGGAGUUCGAGGGUGCCAAACACGAGAUACGCCGACUCACCGAGGAGUUGGAGCUGCUGAAUCAACAGGUCGAUGAGCUGGCGAAUCUCAAGAAGAUUGCCGAGAAGCAAAUGGAGGAGGCGCUGGAGGCACUGCAGGGCGAGCGUGAGGCCAAAUAUGCGCUGAAAAAGGAGCUGGAUGGUCACCUGAAUCGCGAGUCCAUGUAUCACAUUAGCAAUUUGGCCUAUAGCAUACGUAGCAACAUGGAGGACAAUGCCAGCAAUAAUUCGGACGGCGAAGAGGAGAAUCUUGCGCUGAAACGCCUCGAGGCGGACCUAAGCACAGAGCUCAAAUCGCCAGAUGGCACAAAAUGCGAUCUCUUCUCCGAGAUCCAUCUGAACGAGCUGAAGAAGCUGGAGAAACAGCUGGAAAGCAUGGAGAACGAGAAAGCCCAUCUAACGACCAAUUUGCGUGAGGCGCAGAGCAGCCUGGACAAGUCACAGAAUGAGCUGCAAAACUUUAUGUCACGCCUGGCGCUGCUCGCCGCCCAUGUGGAUGCGCUGGUGCAGCUAAAGAAACAAAUUGACGUCAAGGAUCAGACGGCCAGUGGGCAGGCAAAGGACGAACAACUGCAACAACAGCUGCGCCAGUUAAUCUCACAGUAUGCCAAUUGGUUUACGCUCUCCGCCAAGGAGAUAGACGGCCUCAAGACUGACAUUGCUGAGCUGCAGAAGGGUCUGAACUAUACGGACGCAACCACCACCCUGCGGAACGAGGUCACCAAUCUGAAGAACAAACUGCUCUCCACCGAACAAAAAUCUUUGGAUCUGCAGUGCGAUGUACAGACCCUGACGCACAUCUCACAGAAUGCGGGCCAGAGCCUGGGCUCGGCGCGCAGCACUCUGGUGGCGCUCAGCGAUGAUCUGGCGCAGUUGUAUCAUCUGGUCUGCACGGUGAACGGUGAGACGCCUUCACGUGUCCUGCUGGAUCACAAGAGCGAUGACAUGAGCUUUGAGAACGAUUCGCUGACUGCUAUCCAGUCGCAGUUCAAGUCGGAUGUUCUCACAGCACGCCCGCAAAUUGUUGAGGAUCUGCAGGGUCUGGCCGAUUCGGUAGAGAUUAAGAAGUAUGUGGACACCGUCAGCGAUCAGAUCAAGCAUCUGAAAACCGCCGUCGAGCACACUAUCGAUCUGAACAAGCACAAAGUGCGCGUCGAGGGUGGUGAAUCUGUGGAGAAGGGCAACACCGAGGAGGUGGAGGAGCUGCAGGAGCAAAUUGUCAAGCUCAAGAGUUUGUUGUCCGUGAAGCGCGAGCAAAUUAUAACGCUACGCAAUGUGCUCAAGUCAAACAAACAAACCGCCGAGGUGGCACUCACCAAUCUAAAGUCCAAGUAUGAGAACGAAAAAAUCAUUGUCAGCGAUACCAUGUCCAAGCUGCGCAAUGAGCUCCGACUGCUCAAGGAGGAUGCUGCCACCUUCUCAAGCUUGCGCGCCAUGUUCGCCGCACGCUGCGAGGAGUAUGUGACCCAGGUGGAUGAUCUGAAUCGCCAGCUGGAGGCUGCCGAGGAGGAGAAGAAAACGCUCAAUCAGCUGCUGCGCUUGGCCGUGCAACAAAAGCUGGCGCUCACGCAGCGUUUGGAGGAAAUGGAAAUGGAUCGCGAGAUGCGUCAUGUGCGUCGCCCGAUGCCACCGCAGCGCGGCACCAGCGGCAAAUCCUCAUUCAGCACGCGCCCCUCCAACAGAAAUCCGGCGAGCAGCAAUGCGAAUCCCUUCUAACAUAAGAUCAGCGUGCAGCGUAAGCUUUUGGCUUUGGUUUAUACUUUGCUUAAGUUGUAAAUUCGUUGGGAGUAUCGUUGGACAACAUGAUAAACCACCACCCACUCCGCAAACAGACAGACAGACACACACACACAUACGGAGAAAAUACUGCAAAUGUAUUUGUGAACGAUGCUAUAGCUACGGUCUAUCCUAUAUUAACGAUAACUAUCUAUUUGUAUCUGUUUCUAUUUGUAUUUAUUGAGAGUUUAGUUAGACGAAAGAUUUUUUGUGUUAGGCGAAUCACGCAACAAACGGUUAUUAAACGGUUAGUUACUUAAACGUCCAAUUAAUUUAAUUAAAAAUUUUGAAAAUGCAAAGAAAAACAACAAAAAACAAAUCGAAACUAACGUAAAUAAUUGUAUUUUUCUAUAUAUACAAAACACAUACACAUAUAUUUAUUCAAUAACGUUUUAGUUCGAUUUAUGUUGAAUUUUGUUAACUUUUCGCGUUGAUUGUUUGAUUUUUGUUAUCAACGCUGUGCGCAAGCAGAACUCAAAAGAAUGAGGAAAAAGAAAAACAAAAAAACUAAAACGAAACAAAAUUUUUUGAUAUGAUGAUGUUUGAAGAUUUAGCAGAUAAUUGGCAAAUGAAAAACCCAUGUAUUAAUUGGCCUGAUAACUAUAUAAGUAUUUUUUUCAAAACUCUGUACGUAAAGAACAAACAGAAACCCUUGUCUAGGGGGAGGGCAGCUACAAAAAACCCAAGAUAAUGGGAGUUAAAAUGUGGCCACAAAAAAAAAAAAGAAAAUGUAAAUUUUACAUACAUACUAUAUUUAUAUAAAUAUGGAAAGCAACUAUUCUACGAUGUGUAGCAAUUGGGCUGCGUCUUAAAGACGGAUUUUUCUUGUAUUUACCUUCAAUUGAAAUUGUAGUAAAUUUAUUUUUGUUUGCAAUCAAAAUAUAUAAAAAAAACCAAGUUUUUGUUUACUUAGCUGCUGAAAUAGUCUAUAAUUUGUGCAUUAUUAUUUAAUUUAAUUAAUAAAAAACAAUUAAAAAAAAAACAAAAUCUACCACUAAGAAACGUUUUUUAGCAAGAAUUGAUUUUAAUUUGAUUGAGCCCCAUAUCAUAUUAUUAUAUUUUUAUAUCACUUAUUGCUAUAGCAAAAGCUCAAGCAAUGAGUUAAGCUCGAUUUGCAUUUUAUUUGAAUAAACAGCAACAAGCUCUUUUUAUUUUGCCUAGGAAUGAAGCCUUUAAAAAUAGAAUACUCUAUUUAUGACUAACGAGCAGCUUAACCAACAUAAAAUAGCAAAACAAAAAAAAACAAAAACAAAGCGUUAAAGUUUAAACUAAUAUAUUAUUAUUAUUAUCAGUAAAGUAGUUAAUUAAUUAAACACAAAAAGUAGUGACUAUCCACAGCACAUUUUAAUCGCAACUUAAAUGGCAAAAAUCAAUUUGUGUUUCAAUAUGUUUUGUUGUAAUGAAGAAUUGAGAAAGAAAAAAAAUUAAAAAAUAUACAAGUGCGUAUAUUAUGUAAAUUUACCGAGCCAUUAAAUUGAAUUUAUAUUUAAGACACACUCACACACAUAUACACACACACAUCGUCCACUCACAUACACAGAGAUUAACUGAGAUUUGUCAGUUGCCUAUAGAAAUUGUUUAUGAUGAAAUUUGUAGAGCUGAAGAGAUGCAUGAAUACAUAUUUCAAAAUGAUUUUAUUGUAAUUUUACCGUCCCUUUUUGCAACAAAAAAAAACGAAAGAAAAUAAAUGAAAGUUGAACAAAGUCUAUUUAUGAACCAACAACAACAAGACGAAACAAAUACAACUUUAAGUUUCAUGUCCAAGCAUCCAAACAUACAUACAGCAAUAUAUACAUAAUUACAUACAUACAUAUGAUAGUUGCAUCGAUCAACCCAAAAAGCCAAAAUAUUGAUAGCCAAUAAAAACAAAAACAACAACAACAAAAAACAUAUUGAAUAACUCAAGAACUAUUUCAAUUAACAAAGAAAAUAUAAUAGUUUUCUAUUUCACACAAAACAAAAACAAAAAAAUAACAAACUUAAAAAGUAAAAGCAAUUGAAUUUAAGAAUUGAAACAUAUUUAAAAUAAGUUUUAUGAUUAAAUACGAUAAAGCCUGGCAAAGCUACAAUUUGCCAGCGGGGUUCAAGUGGACAUACAUACAUAUGACAAAUGCAACAGAGUGUGCAAAAUACGAUGGGAAUAAAAACAAGAAAUUAAUAUAAAUUAUACAUAUGUGAAGAAUAAACAAAUUAGCGAAUAAA